AUGGAGAAUAAGCUCAGCAAGCUCAAAUCAUGGAAGGCAACAUCCCCACUAACAGCAGAGGCAAUCAACAAUAGUCUCUCAGGACUAGAGGAUCUGUACAAGUGUACAGAUGAACUUCUCGAUUUGCCGCUGACCCAACAAGCCCUCUGUCCCCACCAGCAAGGGAGAUGGUUCAAUAUGUCAUUGGAUAUAUCGGACAGGCUUCUUGACGUUUGUUGCAUUACAAGAGAUCUGAUGUCACAAAUUAAGGAACAUUCUAGAGAUAUUCAAUCAGCUCUCCGAAGAAGAAAAGGAGAUUUAAGCAUUGAAAGCAGCAUUGUUAAAUACCGUACCUUUAGAAAGAAGAUGAAGAAGGAAGCAAAGAAGUUGAUUGCAGCAAUGAAGGAAACGGAUAACAAGAUUGGAGCCUCACCAGUCACAGAACAAGAUCACCACGUCUCCCCGGUGAUUACAGCACUUAGAGAAGUCACUGCAAUUAGCAUCUCUGUCUACCAUUCCAUUCUCUUGUUCUUGUCUGCACCAGUUUCUAGGCCAAAGUCCAGAAGAUGGUCUGCGAUUUCCAAGUUCUUGCACAAAGGUAGAGUAGCUCCUGAAGAUCAGCAGCAUAAUAUGAGUGAGUUGGAAAGUGCAGAUUUUGCAUUGGACAUCCUAUACAGAUGUGGUUCAAGUGAUGGGGAUAACAUGCAGAUUGCACAAGCUAGUCUGGAGCAAUUGGAGGCUAGCAUUGGAUCCAUUGAGAAUGGCUUGGAGUGCUCAUUUAGGCACUUGAUCAAAGCAAGGGCGUCUCUUCUGAACCUAGUAUCCAAAUAA